AAUAUCUCCUGGCCAAACCAUUGAUGUGCUUUUGGAAGCUAACCAAAGUCCCAACCACUAUUACAUGGCUGCCAGAGUCUACACUGGCGUUAGUGCGGCUGGUAAUACCGACAAUACCACUACCACAGCCAUCAUAAAAUAUAGUGGGAAGUAUACUCCAUCUUCAUCGCCGAUAUUCCCUUCUCUUCCUGACUAUAAUGAUACAACAUCAUUUCUUAACUUUACCAAUAGUUUCCGGAGCUUAGCUGACAAAAAACAUCCAAUUCAUGUUCCAAAAGUAGUCAACGUAAGCUUGGACUAUUUAUUUUUAGUGAACCUUGGAUUUUCGACACGAGUGUCUAGCGUCAACAAUGUUAGCUUCGUUAAUCCAGCCAUUGAUAUAUUACAAGCUUAUUAUUAUGGCAUCAAUGGGGUGUAUGAGACAUCAUUUCCUAACACUACUCUACAAAUACUGACACAUGAGACACAGGUGAAGGUACUUGACUACAAUUCCAUAGUGGAGAUUGUUUUUCGGACUACUGACCUUGCAGGCAGCUCCCAUCCGAUACAUCUUCAUGGAUAUAGUUUUUAUGUCGUGGGAUCGGGUACAGGGACUUUCGAUAAUGAGACGGAUCCCUCAACGUAUAAUUUGGUUGAUCCUCCUUUUCAAAAUACUAUUGCUGUUCCUGUACAGGGCUGGACCACCAUUAGAUUCAAAGCUAAUAAUCCUGGGGUGUGGUUUAUGCAUUGCCAUUUUGAUAGACAUAUGGUGUGGGGCAUGGAUACGGUGUUCAUAGUCAAGAAUGGAAAUUCUACAACUGGAAAAUUGUCGCCACCACCCCCCGAUAUGCCUCCGUGUUAAGAUUAUCUCUGGAUAUUAUGUUGAAGGUUGUCAAUUGUUUGCGUUUAAGAUUACUACUUGUGAAUUUGGCAAUGGAGUUAAUUGUAUAAAAAAAAUUUAUUUCUGACGUGUCAGUAUUAGUUUUUAGUUUUCUUUAUAAGGAUAUCUAUGUUAAAUGUAUUAGAAAUAAAUCUGUGGUUUGUAUGUCAGUGUCUAAUAAAUAAUAAUGGCAACCAAAUUAUUAUAUUAUUGUUGAUUAGUCUUAAUGAAAAAGUAAUUUUUAA